UAUUUUACCAUUGCUGCACCCACUUUCCCAGAUGAGAUUCGGGUGCAUCGCGGUUUUUUCUGGAAACCAGCUAGCCCCUCUGAAUGAUUUGUCUUCUGCCGCCGAGCUUUCGUAUUUGGUUCUUUCCGAUUCUGCUGCUUAUCUGAAGAGUGCCAAAGAACCAUAGGCCUGUAGAGAAUCCAAAGCUGCAAAGAAGUGAAAUAAAAGAUCAUCUCACUUGUUUUUCAUAGAUUCCUAGAUGCCAAGAUGAUGGAUCGUAGAACAAUUGGCUUCUUUUUCUGUUGCUUUUCCAUUUUGCCGUUGCUUUGCUUUUCUGCCACCUUCCUACCGCAAGACAAUUACCUCAUAGACUGUGGAGCAGCUUCUAAUACUUUAUUCGGUAGCCGCAAUUUCGCGGCGGAUGCGUUCUACAAGAAUCUCCUUUCUACUCAACGUGAUGUUCUCGCCAGUACCUCCUCAAAAUCAAUCUCUUCCUCUGCCGAUUCACCUCUAUAUCAAACAGCAAGAAUCUUCAGUGGACCGUCAAAGUAUACGUUCUCGAUCAGCCAAAAGGGUAGACAUUGGAUCCGUCUCUAUUUCUUUCCAUUUGUGUAUCAGAACUUCGAUAUGAGUACAGCAAAUUUUGCUGUCACAACCCAAAACAAUAUUCUUCUCAGUGAUUUCACUGUGCAGAAGAAUCCUGUUGUGAAGGAAUAUUCUGUGAACGUGACUUCAGACACCCUUGUAAUCACCUUUACUCCUUCCAGCAAUUCCAUUGCAUUCGUAAAUGCAAUUGAAGUUGUUUCAGUACCUGAUGAACUCAUUGCUGAUGACGCUUCCACCAUAAAUGCACCGGGAAGUUUCUCUGGGUUGGUGACGCUGGCAUUUGAGACAGUUUGGAGGAUUAACAUGGGUGGUCCAACUGUCUCCUCUGCAAAUGACACCCUUCACCGGACCUGGGUACCGGAUCAAAAUUUUCUCGCCACUCCUGACCUUGCUACCGAUGUUUCAAAUAUGGCUGCUGUUAAGUAUGUAGACGGCGGGGCAACAGAGAACAUUGCUCCACGUACAGUCUAUGGUACUCUCACAGAGAUGAACUCAAGCAGUGAUCCUCGUAGUAAUUUCAAUGUGACCUGGCAGUUUGACGUAGAUCCAGGAUUUCAGUAUCUUGUUCGACUUCACUUCUGUGACAUAGUUAGCAAUGGCCUCAACGAACUUUACUUCAAUGUCUAUGUCAACUCCUACAUGGCGGAAAAAAAUUUUGAUCUCAGCACCUCUACUAACAAUGUUUUGGGCGCUACACUUUACAAGGACUAUAUUACGGCCCCAACUGAUAGCAAGAACAUUCGUGUAAGUGUUGGCCCUUCUACUUUAAACAGUGAUUACCCGAAUGCCAUUCUAAAUGGGCUGGAGAUCAUGAAAAUGAGUAAUUCUAAGGGCAGUCUGAGUUUAGCAACAGCUGCGACUGGUACUGGUUCAAACUCAAAGACGAAAGUAGGCAUUAUAGCGGGUGUAGUAAUAGGGACAUUGUGUGUAGUGGUCCUUGCUGGAUUUUUCUUUGUAUUGUGCAGAAGAAAACGUUUGGCACGACAAGGCCUUUCAAAGACAUGGGUUCCCUUAUCCAUCAAUGAUGGAGCUUCUCAUACCAUGGGAAGUAAAUAUUCCAAUGGCACAACACUAAGCGCCGCUUCCAACUUAGGGUACCGCAUCCCAUUCGUGGCAGUUCAGGAGGCUACAAACAAUUUUGAUGAGAGCUGGGUUAUUGGGAUAGGUGGUUUUGGGAAAGUGUACAAGGGAGAACUGAAUGAUGGCACUAAAGUGGCAGUUAAGAGAGGGAAUCCCCGGUCCCAGCAAGGGCUUGCGGAGUUCCGAACUGAAAUUGAAAUGCUAUCUCAGUUCCGUCACCGCCAUCUAGUGUCCUUGAUAGGGUAUUGUGAUGAGAAAAAUGAAAUGAUCUUGAUCUAUGAGUAUAUGGAACAGGGAACUCUCAAGAGUCAUCUCUAUGGUUCAGAUCUCCCAAACUUAAGUUGGAAAGAAAGGCUGGAGAUCUGCAUUGGAGCAGCUAGAGGACUACACUACCUUCACACUGGCUAUGCCAAAGCAGUUAUACACCGAGAUGUGAAGUCGGCAAAUAUCCUGCUUGAUGAGAACCUUAUGGCCAAAGUUGCUGAUUUUGGGCUAUCAAAGACAGGGCCUGAAAUUGAUCAGACACACGUGAGCACUGCAGUAAAAGGAAGUUUUGGAUACCUCGAUCCUGAGUAUUUCCGUAGGCAACAAUUAACAGAAAAAUCAGAUGUUUAUUCAUUUGGGGUAGUUUUGUUCGAGGUUCUUUGUGCAAGACCUGUAAUUGACCCAUCACUUCCUAGAGAAAUGGUGAACUUGGCCGAAUGGGCAAUGAAAUGGCAGAAAAAGGGGCAAUUGGAGCAAAUCAUAGAUCCUACCCUUGCAGGGAAGAUCAGACCGGAUUCUCUUAGGAAGUUUGGAGAAACUGCUGAAAAAUGCUUGGCUGACUUUGGCGUGGAUCGGCCUUCUAUGGGGGAUGUCUUGUGGAAUUUGGAGUAUGCCCUUCAGCUUCAAGAGGCAGUUGUUCAAGGUGAUCCUGAAGAGAACAGUACCAAUAUGAUUGGUGAACUCUCUCCACAGAUAAACAAUUUCAACCAUGACGCAAGUGUUUCUGCUGCUCAGUUUGAAGCUUCAACCGUGGAUGACCUGUCUGGUGUUUCAAUGAGUAGGGUUUUCUCACAGCUGGUGAAGUCUGAGGGGAGGUGACUUUGUAGACUCUAGCUUCUAUACUCUGCGUUACAUAUCUGCACCACCCUUUGUUUUCCACCUUUUUUUUUUUAAACAAUUUUUGAUUGGUUUGUCUUCUGAAUUCUUAUCAGUAGCUAUCAGCAAAAGAGCGAGGCAACCAUAGAUUUGUAAAGAUAGACCAAUUUAACGAAACAUGUUUGCUUCAUCUGUAAGCGAGCAUCUUGUGAUUUUUUCGUUUAUGUUAAUCUGGGUGGUCUUGUAUCUCAGGUGUCUUGCGUAUAAUUAUAUGUCUGAAUCUACCAUACUUUUUUAAGUUCUCCAGACAGUCAAGCGGGGCUGCGUCUCUAAA